GGGAACAAGGCUCAGACAGAGACAGAGGAGAAAGCAGGAAAGAUAGAAAGUGAGCAGAAAAGGGCGGAAAGGGACAGAAAAUUUUAACAAGAAAAGACGAGUGAAAUCCUUCAUCUGGGAGAACAAGCAACCAAGAAAAACAAAGGAGAACAAAUCAGGAUCAAAACCAAGUCGAAGAACAAAAUUAGGCAAACCUGAAGUGCUUCAAAAGAAGAAACGGAGGACUAAAAAACAGAACCUGGGAGAGGAGAGUUAAAAUAUACACCGGCACUAAACAAGUACGCUGGUGCCAGUGGUUGUCCAAGGAGAGAAGGAAAACACCAGGGAACUGAGAAUUGCAGCUCAGUGCCAUGUCCCAAGGAGGAUAUUUUGAGAGCGAGCGGCACUACCAAGCCCUGGAAGUACCUCCUGCAAGGCCUGCUGGCACCGACCUGGGCCCAAUCUGUGAGUCUGAGUUGGCGUCAUACAUCGGAGAUGAACAGCUGCUCUCAGAAUUGCUCCAAGGGGCUCAGCACAGAGGCCCCAAAGGCACUCCAUUUCCCAACUACUUCCCCAUGGAGCCGUACCCCUUCCUCUCUUAUGGAGGGGAGCGCAAAGGCCUGGGACCCUUGGACCCACGUUCCGUCGCUGUCAAGGAGGAGCCGCGAGGAAGCGAAGCUGGACGGGUGGGCGGACGUCACCCAUACAAUGCCAUGCACUUCCCAGGUGCCCACUGUGCCCAAGUGGCCCUUGGACAGCCAGGCGGGCGUGCCGGACAAGCUCUGAGAGUGCUCAAGGGUCCACCUUGCAGCCCCUCUCCCCCCUGUGGCACCCCGAAAGGGAAGAAGUCGGUGAAUAAAGACAGCCUGGAGUACCGCCUGCGUCGAGAGCGCAACAACAUUGCUGUGCGGAAGAGUCGUGACAAGGCCAAGCGCCGGGUGAUGGAGACGCAGCAGCGCAUGGUGGAGCUCCUUGGCGAGAAUGAGAGGCUGCGCAGCAGGGUGGAGCAGCUCAUGCAGGAGACGGAGACCCUCCGUGACAUUUUCCGACAGGUGCCCGAGGCCGCCGGGCUGAUCAAAGGCCUUGGGGGCUGCAGCUGAAGUUGGAUGUGGGGCCUAGGUGGUGGUGGUGGGGAGGGCAGGGAGGGAGCAGC